GAAACAUUGGCUAAGGAUGGUCAAAGCUGGGAAGGGAAAAACGCAAGGAGGGAAAAGGAUGAAGUGAAAAGAGCUAGGAGCCACGCUGGAGAGCAUACAAACAGCUUGCUGACCUCUGAUGCAUGAGAGAUGAAGAAAACAGACAGUGUUUGACUAUGUGGAACAUGUGGGUGAUCCUCUUCUGGAUUUCAGCUGUCCCGAUCGAAGCUAUUCCACCUGUCUGUGACCUUCUGGGAGUCCUGAAAAGGGAGGAGGAAAAGUGUGUGGAGACUCUUUCCCUGGAGGCAAGGAACAGAACAACUGAAAAUGAUCUGCUCCUGAGCUCAGGCAGAUGUGCUGGAAUGUGGGAUAACAUGAGCUGCUGGCCUUCAUCCACUGUGGGACAGACUGUCAAUGCGCACUGCCCUGAAUUCUUCCAGAUGCUGACUGGGAAGAAAGGUUUUGUGUACCGAAACUGCACAAGUGAGGGCUGGUCAGACCCCUACCCAAGACCUGAUAUUGCUUGUGGCUACAAUGUCAACGACACAACCAACGAGGCCAGACGUUCCUAUUUCAUGACCCUGAAGAUCAUGUACACCAUUGGCUACUGCACCUCCCUUGUGACGCUGAUGAUAGCCUUAGUGGUCCUGGCCUCCUUCAGAAGACUUCGCUGCACAAGGAACUACAUCCACAUGCAUCUCUUCACAUCGUUCAUUUUGCGAGCCUCAUCCAACUUCAUCAAGGAUGCUGUCUUGUUUUCCUCUGAAGACACAAAUUACUGUGGGGCAUACACGGCUGGCUGUAAGCUCACCAUGGUCUUCUUUCAGUAUUGCAUCAUGUCUAACUACAGCUGGCUUCUGGUGGAAGGGCUGUACCUCCACACUCUCCUGGUGAUUUCUUUCUUCUCGGAAAGGAAGUUCCUCUGGUGGUUCAUCGCCCUGGGAUGGGGUGCCCCAACAGUGUUUGUGGCUGCAUGGGCGACUGCUAGGCAACUCCAUGAAAAUAUUGGGUGUUGGGACAUUAACGCUGAUGCCAAUACCUGGUGGAUCAUUAGAGGCCCCAUAGUUUUGUCUAUUUUUAUUAAUUUCAUUCUGUUCGUCAACAUUUUAAGAAUCCUGAUGAGGAAGCUCAGCUCCCCCAAAAAACGGAGCAGUGAUUUCAACCAAUACAAGUAUGUCCUUUACAUCCUUUAUGAGACAUUCAAGGCCACACGAGCAUUUCUUGCUCCUUCUACACCAGCUUUUCUUUCUGUUUUCAUUCUCAGGAGACUUGCAAAGUCAACACUCCUCCUCAUCCCUCUCUUUGGGGUCCACUAUAUCAUCUUUGCUUUUUUCCCUGAGGAUGCCAGCAGCGGCACAAUGGAAAUUCAGCUGUUUUUUGAAUUGGCUCUUGGAUCAUUCCAGGGCUUUGUUGUGGCUGUACUUUAUUGUUUUCUUAAUGGUGAGGUUCAGCUGGAAGUUCAGAGAAAAUGGAGGCAGUGGCAUUUAAGCAAACACUGGCGUCAGCACCUCAGCAGCUCAGCGAGUAAUGGAGGAAGUGGCUUCACUCAAGAGAUGCACAUGGUGAGGUCCAGCCCAGCAGAGCACAGGAGAGGAACCCUCCAAAGGUCAAGUGUGCUUUAACCCUGUGCACCUGAAGGUACCUCCACGCUCAGAUACACAUGGACUGAGCUGGGAGUCUUGUGUCCAUAUCCAGAGCAGGACUUGGCUGUAGAUCAAUGUUUCUUGGAGCACAUCUGUGUAUAUCCUGUGCAGCACCGUGGUUAUUUUGCAAAGCAAAAUGGGCCAAAAUAUUAUGCUCUUCCUUGAGUUUCUGGCCACAGUAAUUUGUGUUUCUUUCCACACCUGCUGUUAGUUCUACCUUAAAUGUGACCUUCCAUUUUCCAUGUGGCUCUCCAACAUGUUCCAGGCUAAGUCAGGCUGGUGAUUUUCUGAUGUUCGCCCUUUCUUCUGCUGCAGAAGCUGGGAGUAUAUUGAAUUUUAUAUGAUGAAGGUUAUGUGCCAUCCUCCAUGGGUUUGAA